CAGACGACACCAAAUUUACUUACAUCGUUUACCAUUGGUUGGAGCUGACCAAUCAGGGAAGACUUAAUAUAAGUAACCAAGAUGGCGCUGUCGUCCCACUUCCGGGUUGCCCUUCUUGCAUAAGAAGAGCAUUUUUAUGUCUUUAUGUAACGUUUAAGAGUACCUUUGGAGUAUAUUUUUACGUUUUUGUGGUUCUCAAGAUGCAGACUAUAGAAGCAGUGAGUAUGUUGUUCCGAUCUUUACGGAAUUUGAGCAGAGAGGCGCCGCUUCAACUUUUGCCGGUACGUUGCCAGUCAAACGCCACAAGUACAGAGGUCAACACAGCUGCAAAUUUUCACUUCGUGCCAGUGAGCGAUCCCGCCGACUUACAGGACAUCGAGGAACUACAGGACUUCGUGAGGACGUCCAAAAGGCUCUUCGUGAUCACCGGUGCUGGUAUAUCCACGGAAUCGGGAAUUCCAGACUACCGGUCGGAGGGGGUGGGUCUGUACGCACGGAGUGACAACCGUCCAGUCCAGUAUGCCGACUUCCUCAGCAGCAGCGCCAUACGACAACGCUACUGGGCAAGGAACUACGUCGGGUGGCCGAAGUUCUCUUCCUUCUCGCCUAACGUUUCCCACAAGACGCUGAGCGGUUGGGAAGCGGUCGGUAAGCUGCACUGGUUGGUCACGCAGAACGUGGACUCUCUUCACGUCAAAGCAGGGAGCAGGAAAGUCACGGAACUUCACGGCAGCGCCGCGCGGGUCAUGUGUCUGUCCUGCCCGGCCGUCAUACCUCGUCACGACAUGCAGAAGCGGAUAAAACAUCUCAACCCGGUCUGGCACGCGGAGUCUCAGGAAAUGGCGCCGGACGCAGACGUUUUCUUGACACCAGAACAGAUAGAAGGUUUCACCGUGCCCACGUGUACGCAGUGCGGUGGGAUUCUGAAGCCUCAGAUCGUGUUUUUCGGAGACAACGUGGCGAAGCCGACCGUCCAGUUCGUGCACAGGAUGCUGGAGGAAUCAGACGCCAUGUUGGUGGCAGGGUCGUCACUUCAGGUGUACUCGGCCUACAGGUUCGUGUCGGCUGCGCGGGACCAGAAGAAGCCGAUCGCCGUCCUGAACAUCGGGCCGACCCGCGGGGACAAACUGGCCGACCUCAAGGUCAGCGCGCGCUGUGGAGACGUGCUGCCGCAGAUUCAACUAUGACCUCAGAACUGAUGUAAUUACUACGC